UGUGUGUGCGUGUGCGUGUGCGUGUGCGUGUGCGUGUGUGUGUGUAUCCGUUUCCAUUCCAGUUUGACAAGCUAUCACUGCAACUCAAAUGCAGCAAGCCUCUGUGCUGUGUAACAAGUUGGGCUGGGCGAUGUUUGUGCCACAUGUUAAUUUAUAAAUUCUCAAACCCGUAUCUGCUGGUUUAGGGGAGUCAGUACUGUUUGUACUAGAUACUGCGCGUCACCGUGCAGCCAGUAGCUUUUCCUCAGCUGUUGCAGCUGUGCUCUUGCUAAGCCGCCUCUACCCGAAGGAUUUAAGAGUUUGCCUUUGUCAGGGAUCGAAGGUGGCGACCCAGUUGCUGUCUGUCUGAUCCGUGGUAUUUGGUGACCACAGUCACGUUUGUUUGGGUGUCUGUCUCAAUCACACAAGGGUAGCCUAGGGAGCAGAUGUGGGCUUAAUUCCAGAGCUGAUCUGUGCCAGAGAGCCAGCGAACGAGAGCCAGCGGGCAUCAACACCAGGAGAGCGCCGCGCACAGCUGUCUCCCCCAGAGCCGCUCAAAGGGACUCGUCACGUAUUAAUGUGGAACGACUUGUGUGUUAGACUGUAUUGGGAUGAGAGAACACCAGCGUCUUCACAACGGUUUGGAAUUUGAUGGGAUUUGUAUUUGAUUGCAAUUGCAGAAGAUGUGGGCUUUGUAACCCAAUCACCCGAUUCUUUCUGGCUUCGUUUUAUUUGUAUUUGUAGUUUCGUUAUUAUAAGUAGUUCUUGUACUACAGCCUACUGACAGGUAUAUGUUAUGCGUAUAGAUUCCCCGUUGCUGCAGCCAGCGGAGUCUCUUUGAUGCUGAAGUCAGUUCCGCUCAGCUGAAUUGCUGGUAUCCUGACAGCACGCACUUUUCUUCUCAACAGCGGGAUCGCACUUAGAGGAUUUUUGGAUUUUGCCACCUUGACUUGAAAUUUAAAACAAAAAGAUUGAAAGAAACCACGAGAAGAGGCGCGCUGCAACAACUAUUUCUAAUUUUCCGACUCACUUCAUUCUAUUGAUGUUUUUUUAAGCAGCACUUUCUGUAAAGAGGGUAGCAUCAGAUCCCUCUCUGCCUCUCUUCCUGCCUAACAGGUGUUUUUUUCUGGCUCCGCAUUACAAACGACGGGAUUUGCUCUUUCUGGUUGGGAUUGUGAAGGUUUUUUUUAAGUGUCGUAUAUCUGUAGGGAACAUGGAGGUUGCAGGAUGCGUUGCACAGACAAUGAAUGAUACUUUGAAGACUGACGCUUGUCAUUUUCACACUCGUUCUAGCGCUUUCUAAUCGGGGAGCUCCACAGUGUAAAUCAAUACACAACUACGUUUGUGGAAUCGCCUUCAAACAGCAAGACAUGCACGGCUGGCUAGAUACGCCCAAAUAAUUCAUUUAGUGUUGCAUAACAAGCUUAAAAGGUGAUAAGGUAUAAUUUGCUUUGAGGGGACCUACUCUGUUUUUGCUACCAUCUUUGGCAGCGCAAUAAUGGUGACUCGUGUUUCGGAUUUACAUUAGUGUUCUUAGUAUUCUGGUUUAUUAUUAUUAUUAUUAUUAUUUUGUUUCUGUUCUGUGGAGAGUAGAGGUUUAAGUUCUUGGGUUUUUUUCUGUUCGCGCUGAAAUGGCUGCGGCUAUAGCCAGCGCCCUGAUCCGUCAGAAGAGACAGGCGAGGGAACGGGAGAAAUCCAAUGCCUGUAAAUGUGUCAGCAGUCCCACUAAAAACAAGGGGACGUGCGAGAAGACCAGCAAACUCAGCGUCUUUUCCAGGGUUAAAUUAUUCGGCUCCAAGAAGCGCAAGAGGAGGCGACCAGAGCCCCAGCUAAAAGGCAUCGUAACCAAGCUGUUCAGCCGGCAAGGGUUCCAUUUGCAGUUACAAGCAGAUGGAACAAUCGACGGAACGAAAGAAGAGGACAAUGGAUACACCUUGUUUAACCUCAUCCCCGUGGGUCUACGAGUGGUGGCAAUCCAGGGCGUGCAGACAAAGCUCUACCUGGCCAUGAACAGUGAAGGCUACCUGUACACAUCGGAACACUUCACACCGGAAUGCAAGUUUAAGGAGUCUGUGUUUGAGAACUACUACGUGACAUAUUCCUCGAUGAUAUACAGGCAGCAGCAGUCGGGCAGGGGCUGGUACCUGGGUCUUAACAAGGAGGGCGAGAUCAUGAAGGGGAAUCACGUGAAGAAAAACAAGCCAGCCGCCCAUUUCCUUCCCAAACCAUUGAAAGUCGCCAUGUACAGAGAGCCUUCGCUCCACGAUCUCACAGAGUUCUCUCGCUCGGGCAGCGGCACCCCCACCAAGAGCAGAAGCGCGUCAGCAGUGUUGAACGGGGGCAAAGCGGUGAGCCAGAAUGAGUCGACGUAGCCAGGACCCCCCAGGGGCAGAGCCUUGUGUGUCUGGUAAUCUUACCUCUGGAUGCUGUUGACUUCAAGUAGACUUCUCUCUAUCUGUCUCUCUCUCUCCUAAUCAUCUGUGGUUCAGGACAAAAUACUAAUCAAAAGAAAAUUAAACAAAAACAAAACCAGAAACUGAACUUGCAUAAGUCACACUCUCGUUACAAACCAUUUAGCUGUUCUGGGGUUUCAUUUCCCUUGGACUAUUAGGUCCCGAUGUAUCUAGAAUCUACAUCUCUCUCAAGAUGUCUAGGCAACCAGAGAAAGCUUCUAUGCACCAUCCGGUUAUAGAGGAGAAGCGCACGGCUAUAGUGUCUGUCAUCUGUGCUUUUUUUACGGGAGCCAAGCGAAACUAACCAGUGUUAAAGUCCAGGUCCUGCUGGCAAGAGUUACUAUCCAGCCAAAAAGUAAAAUAAGGGCAUUGUCUCUUAAAAUUGGGAAAAAAGGAAACAUUCAGCUGAUUUGAAAAGGGGGUCAAACAUGUGGCUCUGCUUUGCUUGUUGAUUUGUAGCUGAGAGGUUUGUUUUCUUUUCGUACCCCGCUGUUCUACUAACAGAAUGGAUUUCUGCACGGCUGUGGGUUGUGUGAAUGGCGGGGCGCAGGUAUUGAAGGUCUCUUACAAUUAAAUUCACAUUUGGGGUGGGGAGGGGGGUCGGGUUAAACAAGUGUUUUUGUGUGUGAUUUGAAGGAAAAUAAAAAAGAUCAAAACAAACCCGGUCUCAAUUCUAAUUAUUCCCAUCAUGUUGUUUUACUGUAGUGGGCUAGUCUCUAGUCUGUAACUGAUCCAGUGGUUGUCCACCCCGAUCUGUAGUAUUCUCACUGGCUGAUCAUUGGUCAUCAUUACUGUACGUAUGGUGAGAUCUCCUGUCCAGGUCACUGUCUUUUUUUGUGUAGAAGUAAUCGUGGUGACUUAAUUUUCUAAUAAAACAAAAAAGAGCAUAUCAUUUGUAAAAGUGAACUAACACUUCUUCUUCUGCGUACAUGCUACGGGGGGGAUCUUGUUCCUAAUUUAGAUUUUUUUUAGGUGAACAUGUCUGUUGCAUGGGAGAAAGCUGGAGCUAAUGGAAUAAAGUUGCAUGAUGUAGGAUAUGUGUAUUAAAACCAUGUUGGAUCACCUAUUCCAAUCUGUUCAAGGAUAAACCAGUAUGUAAAAGCAGGCUUUCUGCCUGAUACCAUCCAGUUGUUUAUUAUUUGUUGUAUACACAAAAAAAAAAUGCACUGAAUAAAAUAUUUAUAUUAAGAUA